GUGAAAGAUGGUUAAGAUGUAUGUACCUAGUGACUAACCGGGUAGUCCAACCAUCCUAUGUACUAUUCACUCUAUUCACCCUCUCUGAGGCAUUGGAGAUAUAAGACAAAAGCUAUCCAAGGCAGACAGCUAAGUUGCUAUUGUAAUCAUUGUAACAGGUAUCUACUGAUCUUAUAUUUGAUCGAGAUGUGCUGGUUGCUGUUCGUACCUAGUCGGUCUUUGUUCCGGCUUAUUGGUAUCGCUAUUCCCCACCUAUUCGGCGAUCAUUCCCCGCAGAAUGGAUGUUCUAAGAUGCACGAUGAUGACGUGAUCACGAUCUAUAUGGAGCUAUAUCAUAUUACCAUCAGUAAGGGGUUAGAUAAAUCAGGUUCCUAGAUGCCUUCAAAUGAGUACUUAAGCAUAGAUACGGUCUGUAUGCAAAGCCCAGAUGUUCACAAAAUCCCUCGCGUCAUCUUCCAAGUCUAGAAAAUUGUAUGCAUAUUAAACAUCACCCUUGGCUACAGCAUUGUACUCAAAGAACAGACUCACACAUCUUUACUUUUUUCAAUUUUCUCCAACAACAAUCGCCUUCUCAAGUCAAGCAAGAAACAUGGCUUCUCCAAUCCAAGAAAACCUCGCGAGCAAGAACGCCGAAUACGCUAGCAAGUUCACAAAAGGACACCUCGCCCUUCCACCGGCUAAACACUAUCUGGUCUUGACAUGCAUGGAUGCUCGGAUCGACCCGGCCGCCGCCUUUGGCAUCGACCUCGGUGACGCCCACGUCAUUCGCAACGCGGGUGCCAGCGCUAGAGAUGCUCUACGUUCCAUUAUCAUCUCGCAGCAGCUCCUUGGGACGAAGGAGAUCGUCCUUGUCAAGCACACCGGGUGCGGCAUGUUAACAUUCUCCAACGAGGAUGCCCACGGUCUUGUGAAGAAGAAUCUGGGGCCUAGCGCAGCUGCGGAAAUUGCCACCCUGGAUUUCCUCCCCUUCGGGAAUUUGGAUGAUGCUGUUAAAGAAGACGUCGCGUACCUGAAGAGGAGCGCUGCUGUGCCAGAUGAUGUGGUUAUUAGUGGUUGGGCAUAUGAAGUUGAGACUGGUAAAGCGAGACGUAUCGUGUGAUAAUAGGCAUUUGCGUAAAAUGCCCCAAUACCUCAAAUUAGAUAGGUUAAUGAGGAGAGUUGCCAAGAAGACUUCGACCGAUUGACUUGUGUUGAUGUGGCGAGAUCUCUAGGCUUAAGAUCGACCAUUAGACCAAGUGCCGGUCAAGCCAUCGAGGGUGUUAGACGAUAAUCUGAUUCGGAUAUAGGGGAAAUGUUAGUAGCAAGGUUUAGCUUGAUAGAAUCGAUAUUGGUUCUGGAUAGCUUAAGAAAGUAGUAUACGCUUUAUUAAUAUAAAACUGUAGAGCAUU